ACAAAAUCAUACUAGUAAUCCGUUACAUCGUGGUGGUUAGCUGUUUGUCGUACGGUAUUAUUAGUCAGUUACAUGGAAAAUUUCUAUCAAAUUGAGGUCAUCGACAUGGGCCAUGCAUUGGAUCAUGACCACUUUUAACUUUCUGUGGAUAUUCCAAAACCCCAAAAGCUUGUUCGUGAGAGACGGAGAGUGUCAUGAGAAAAAAAAUCGUUACCUGGGAGUGAUGGCUGGAUGGUUUUCCCCUCCCCUCCCCCACUUAAAAAUCUCAUUUGCCGAAAAACAUGCACACAAAGUUACAAACCGUCUUGCAUCCUUGGCUCCCGUCGUCUUCAAAGCUCAAACACACCAUCCAAACACACCAUCCAAAGUCGAAAAUCGUAAACACUUUGGGAUGAAAUUAAAGACAAUUCUACACAAUACCUGUCUUCUUGGUCACUCCCUGAAUACUACUUGUUGUUACGGCCAACUCGAUAGAGGAGACCGUUGAGCUGACUUAGUCCUUUCAGUGCGACAAUGCUACAUGCUAACCGCUGACAACCCCCCAACAGCAGCCUUCUCGCGACAGCCCUCCCCCAAUCUUGGAUGGCCUGCAAUAACCUGAGUCAUUCCAUAUGCUUAUCCGCAUCUGCUGUCAUACGCAUCUGGCUGGUGCGCCUGGUGAUCAUUGGUUAGCAGAAAAAUUAAGCUCGAAAUCAUACUCCGGCAUUUGCUAUGCUAUGCUGUCUGUUCAUGCAAUGAAAUGAAAGAAUGAUUGAGGCAGAGGUCAUCAAUAUGCCUUAAAAAGCUCGGGACAUUCGGAAGUGGAUACGCAAUCAAAAAUUCUCAGGCAUAUAAAGCUAAGUGCCAGCCAUGCUGAACCGUCUGCCUUUGCUUUUUGUGCUUGACGCAAUACUUUCUUUCCAAUUCCAUCAUUGGAGUAUGCUUCUGGCUUUCCCGAAACCCAAUACAGUGUCUCGCAACAUAAUCCCAACGCUCCUAAAUAUCCGCACGAUCACGAUCACGUGGCUUCGACAUUGUCCAAUCAUGUCCUCGACACAAUCUUCACGAGAAGGAAGCUUCGAAAGAGAACUCCGCAGCACACCUUCGACUCCUGGAAGAGACAGUCAAAGCUCUUCACCACUCGCUCGAAAUUCCGGUAGACUUCCGGAUAUUCUGAGGUCACGGGUUUUGGCCAGUCCCAAAGAGUCCGAUGCAGAAUGCUGGGAAAGGAUGCUGGCAUUGCAGAAGGAGUAUCAUUGUUACCAAUCUGCAAGAUUGGAAGCUGCUGUAGAGGCUUUAGAAAACGGUUGGCUUCUUGAGGAAGUUCCUAGACCAUCUCGACUUUGCUUAGAUCUUAUCAACGAUGGUUUGAAGGCUCAGAUUCAGACUUUUGAUAGCUUCCAAGGAGACUUGGUACAGUGAGAGUAGUCUCGGGUUGCUUCGCAGGAUCUAUACUAUAUCUGAUGAAUGACGACGAGAUCAUAGUGUAAUGGGUGGAGGGCAAUGCUGGAGCACGGGUUACAUUCAUUGGCGAAUGCCAGAGAAGAUGGGUAUUUUAGCAUUGGCGUUAUGGAAUAGGUAAAUCUGGACACGCGAUAACAUUGGAUGAAAUCGAUACCCACGGUCUGUAAUUUUGCAUUUUUUAAGGCUGAUUUAUAAUUCUGGAGGACAAUGACUCUUGAAUGGUAGGGCGGCGUUGGAUUUGGACGUAUUUUGAUACAUAACAUAGAAUUAUCAAUCAUAGAUGGGAAAUAUAUGAGAAUCGCCCAAAAGAGAUGAAUCGAGGAGUGACUCUCAUGCACUUAAAUUGAAUGGGAAGGCCUGGUGUAC